AUGGAGUCCGCCGACAGCUCUAUUUCCUCUUGGUUCGAGCUUGUGGAGCGGCAAGACACGAUAGCAAUUGCUCACCAGUUGAAGAAGUACGCCGGCCAGCGGAAUAGCGAGGGACUCACAGCUCUCAUGUUUGCUGCCCGUCAUAACCUCCAUGACUCAAUCAAGGCUCUCCUAAAGGCCGAAGCAACCCUGACCACUGCAGAGGGGUACACAGCUCUUAUGUUCGCAGCGUCGCUCGGGAACUACGUCGCUUGUGAGCUACUGCUGCAUGCAGAAGGGGCAAUUGGGCUCGAAGACGGACGAACAGCGCUUUUUCUCGCAGCGAGCGAGAAUCAUGACACAUGUAUUUUUCUCUUGGCUCAAUACUUAGGGAGUACGCGCGAUAUAUACGGGCGCACAGCGCUGGAUUAUUGCGUUUAUGCGGAUGCUUUCCAGGCGGCCGAAGCGUACGUCAAAAGUGUCUUUGUUCGUAAUAUCUACUUGCCAGGAAGCUCCUACGGAGACUCCAUGACCAGGUCUACCGCGAAGCUUGAGCGUGGUGGAAAACAUGAUCCGGAAUUGGAGUCUUUGCACGAUCCAACCGUUCAUCGCUACACAAGUCUGUUGCUAGAUGAAUUAAUGCAGGCCUGUAGGCUUGCAAGUGAGCAGAACAAGGAUGAGAUGUGUGGCUUUCUACGCUAUGUUCAGGAGGCCGUCAAGACUGACCACUUUUUUCGCUUCAGAGGACUAUAUGCAGAAUACACCCUUCAGUGCCUACGCAAGGAGCAGAGGGAAAUCACAGUCAAAUAUUGUGAGCAAAUGGCGAUAAAUGAGACAAAUGCAAAGCUAAUAGAUGAGUUAAAAGCAGAUCUAAAGUCAGCAAAAAUGCAUAAAGAAGGAGCACAGCUUAGCAUAGCCCGUUCUAUUCAAACUCAUGAACUGGCGCUGGAGCAUGGAUCAUGCAAGGCUGCGUCACCGACACAUUCAUCCACCGCAAAUGUGUCUGCACUUCAUAGAAAGAUCAGUGAGCAGGAAGCAACAAUUCAGUCUCUUCGAAAGGCGAUGAAUACCCUCUCAGCUGAAAAACUCUCCCUCUUAUCGUCCACAGGUAGGACUGCUUCAGAGCUCGAGAAGGAGAACGAGCUUCUCCUCAGCUCCAUUCAGUCUGGUAAGGCACGCUCCCAAUCGUGCAGCAUUUCUUUUAAAUCACGCACAAAAAGAUGUCCUGACGAACAACCCGGCGCUGUACAAGCAAACAGAUCUUCCAUUGAUCAGAGGAAGGCAUUAGUAGAUACAUCAGACAAUCACUCGCUCUUACAGCAUACUCCAUCACCUCCAGAGCCAUCUGUAACUCGGAGAAGCAUAGGAUCGCAGCUCAACUCCCUGUCUCCUGAGGCCAGCCCGCCCUCUCCAGGAGUGCGGAUUGUUCCUAUUUCUCCGUCAAGUUCUAGCAUCAACCAGAAUGUGGUUCCCAGGCCUCAGUUGACCUGUUCUCCACCAUCACCGCCCUCUCCCGUGCACCAGCCUAGUGUCCCGGUGUAUGUGCCACUACACACAGAACUGCACACAGAGCUACCUGUCGAGACAGACAUAGACAAGUGUCUUGCACAGUUUGUCCCUAACAUAUCCGUCCCAAAGAAUGAGGCUUAUUAUCGCAACUUGGUCGCUGUUGACCGUAACACGUACUCUCGUCUCAUGAGAGCUGUCGAGCAAGGCAAUAAAACGCUCAUCGUUUCCACUCUGGGGGAGUCUGUUCAGACAAGUCAGCUCGGGGUCUCUGCCAUGAUGCUCGCGGUUAAGAUGCGAAGCAUUGAGGUUGUACGCAUUUUGAAGCUGAAGUCACUUCGGAUAGCAAUGAGAUGCGGUUACACAGCUCUUAUGGAGUGUUGCAAGAAUGGGUACUCUGAGAUGAUAUGCCACCUAAUAUCUGAGGCUGGUAUGCAAACAGGAAAUGACUUCCAGUGGGGUGCAGGGUGCACGGCCCUAAUGAUUGCGUGCUACUACGGCCACUCUGACUGCGUUCGGCAGCUGCUAGACAUAGAGGGAAAGAUCUACACCCCCUCGGGAAUUCGGCCCAGAGACUUCUGCUCAAGCCCAGAGCUUCUUGAUAUUAUUGGAGAGCGUACUCUUGGUGGGCCGUGUCUCUCUCAGUUGGAGCCACUUUUCCCAUUAUUUUAG